AUGGUAAUCAGCAAAGAAGAAGUUAUUGAGUACUUAGGAAACGCUAAGCAAAUUGAGUUAAGUGAAUUAAUUAACCAAAUUAAAGAAAAAUUUGAUAUUCAGGAAACUUUAGCACCCCCCUCCCAAGGCGGGGAACAGCAAAAAGCCGCUAGUGUGGCCAACGUUUCUUUGAAAAUACUUGAACUAGGCAAAGAACCGGUCAAACUUUACGGGGCAAAAAUAUUCCCCCGCGAGAAAGCCGACAAAUAUAAAGAACUUCUAGAAGGAAAAACCAAAGAAGAAAAAGAACAAAAAGGAGUGAAACAUUACCAAGUUAUUUCCGAAUCAGUUCCUCCAAUUGUUAACCAAAAAAAGAUUUUAGAAAUUAAUCUAUACGAAUGGAUAGAAAAAAGUUUUAAAUUUAAAAUUGGUAGCAAUGAAGUUCCCAAUCGCUUAGCGGUUAAGUUCUAUUAUGAACAAAGUAAAGAAGUUCCUUUUUGUUCACUUCCCAAAAUGACCACCCAAGAGCGUCAAAGCCAAUCUGCUUACGGAGAAAUUAUUCCUUUUAAAGAUACCUUUGAUUUAAACCAAAUCCUUGCGGAAACUUCUUUUCCUAAGGAAAAUUUAUUAAAUUUAUUAGGUGCCGAAGAAGUUUUGGAAAAUAGCUUACAACUGGGAAAAAAUGAAAAGAAAACUAAUAAAGCUAUGCCCCGAUUUUUAUUUAACGAAAAAAACUCUUAUUUUUUGCUGGGCAAACUCGGUCGGCAAAAGUUCAACCAUAAAAUGAAUAUUCUUAACCGCUUACAAGGACAAAUUUUGGCCGAGGACUUAAAAGACAAAGCAGGAAAGUUAAUUUUUGCCGCCGGAACCAUGCUUGAAGCAGAAAAAAUUUCCCUAAUUCGCAGUUUAAUCCAGGAAAAACGUUUACCGGUAGUGAUUUUUGAAGGAGACUUAUUAACCGUGCUUUCUUAUUUUCUUAAUCUGCAACAGGGGAUAGGAAAAGCGGAAAAAGAGGAGGAAGAAAAAGAUAACUUAGAAAACCAAAUAGUCCGCCGAGUAGGAGAUUUACUUUAUAACAUUUUUAAUAACGAAUUUGGAGUUUUUAAACGCGGAAUCGAAAAUAAGUUCUUAGCUAAUAUCUCUCAACUUAAAAAGGCCGAUCCCAUGAAAUUGCCAAAAAUUCAGAAUUUUAAAAAGGUAGUAAAUACUUUUUUUCAUUCUUCUACUCUAGUACAAUUACAAAACCAAAAUAAUCCUUUAGCCGAAGCCUCCCAUAUUCGCAAAGUUAGCCGUUUAGGAUUAGGGGGGUCUAACUUGACUAAUGUCAGCCCCAGCACGCGGGAUAUUGAUCCUUCCUACUAUGGUCGCUAUUGUUCGGUAGAAACCCCCGAGGGGCAAAAAAUCGGAUUAGUGCGUAGUUUAACUUUAAACGCCAAAGUUGAUGAAAAUGGACAGGUCCUAGCUCCUUACUAUUCAGUUGAGCAAGGAAAAGUUACGGGAAAAAUUUUUUACCUGACCGCGGGGGAAGAACUAGAAAAUUAUAUUGCUCAUUGUAACAUUAAAAUUAACGAGCAUAACUUAAUUGAGGAGAAUCUAGUCCAGGCUCGCCACCAAAGAAAAUUUGUCUUAGUGCCCAAAGAAAAAAUUAACUUUAUCGACACUUCUUUUUAUCAUUUAAACUCGGUGAACAGUUCUAGCAUUCCUUUUUUUCAACAUAAUGACGCGGUACGUAUGUUAACCGCUUCCAAUAUGCAAAAACAAGCCGUAAUUUUAUUCCAAGGAGAGGCUCCGUUAGUGGCUAGUGGGAUUGAAAGUUACUUGCUUGAUAAUGCUUCCUUAACGGUUAAGGCUGCCUCCGCAGGGGUCGUAAAGUAUGUAGAUAGUGAGAAAAUAAUCCUUAAUUCCUCUCCCGAAACUAUUCAGCAAAAUAAAAAUAUUUCCUUAGAGCAAGAAUAUCCAAUUAAUCAGUUUUUGAUUACUAACACUAAUAGUCUACUUACUUCGGUUCCCUUAGUCAAAAAAGGAGAGAAAGUGCAAGCCGGACAAAUUAUCGCUUGUGGUUAUAAUUAUGAGGAUGCUAUUGUCGUUAAUGAACGCUUAGUGGAAAAAGAUAUUUUGACUUCUUUAUUUGCUAAAAAAUAUACGGUAAUUCGUAAAAGUUUAAAAAUUGAUAAAAAACCCAAAGAAGAAGAGUUUUAUCCGCGCCCGGAAAUUAGUCACUUAGACCCCGAAGGAAUUGUCAAGUUAGGGUCCAUAGUAAAAGGAAACGACAUUCUAGUUAGCAAAAGAACUCCUUACAAGAAACAACAAACCGAAGAAUUAUUACUGGCCAGCAUCCUCGGCGAAGAAGCCUACGCCUUUACCGAUUCUUCUUUCCGUUUACCCAACAAUUACAAAGAAGACGAUUUAGAAAUUAUCGAAAUAUGUGUGAUGCAAAAAAGAAAGAUUGAAGCGGGCGAUAAGUUAACUACCCGCUUUGGAAAUAAAGGAGUAGUGGGUAAAAUUGUUCCCGAAAUUGAUAUGCCUUUUGACGAAAAUGGAGAAACGGUGGACAUUAUUUUUAACCCUUUAAGCGUUCCUUCCCGGAUGAACAUUGCGGAUAAAUUUCAUGCUCGUAAUACUGGCCCUUAUGCUUUGGUUCACCAGCAACCAGUUAAAGGCCGAGCCCAAGGAGGAGGACAACGGGUUGGCGAGAUGGAAGCCUGGGCUUUGGAAGCCCAUGGUGCCACCUAUAAUUUGCUGGAAAUGAUGGGUGCCAAAUCGGAUGACCUUAGCUGGCGUCGUUUAAUCCAGCAUUCGCUAAUUUUUGAAGACCGCGAAUUAACUAUUCGCAAUAACCAAAAAAUCAAGAAUAGCAAAUCGCUGAACGCUAACACCUUUGAACCAGAAAUCGGAGGACUUUUUUGUCCGCAAAUUUUUGGCCCUAACCAUAAUUAUCAAUGUGCUUGUCGAAGUGACCGCUCUCGCCGAAUUAGAAACCAAAACCCAGUCACUAAUACCUUAAUUUUAAAGAGCGUGCUUCCUUACUUGGAACAAAUAUUAGAAGUGUCUGGCAAAGCCAUUAAAGAUUUGGUUUAUUUUAAUUCUUAUAUUGUCCUCGAUAAGGGAAAUUCAUCGGUUCUCCAAAAUAAACAAAUUUUGGCCCGCAAAGUGGAUCCGGAAUUAGUUAGUAAAAUUUUGGAAGAAAUUAUUCAUUCCGAAGCCGGUAAAGUUAGCCCCAGCGUGCUUAAAAAGGCUCAGGAGUUGCAAACUGAUUUAGUAGGAAAAAAGAAAAAACAAAUUCAACUUGAACUAAAUAAAAUCAAAAAAACUUUACGAAUGGAAAAGGAGAACGAAAAAGAACAAGUUAAGUUACAAAAAAAAGAAGCCCAAUUACAAGAAGAACUAAGAGAAAUUAAAUUAGAAUCCCCGGCGACCGGAAGCCUAGAAAAAAUCAAUAACAAGCGCCGGUUUAUCCAAGCUGUAAUUCGCAAUAAGUUACCGCUAACCGGCCUAGUUUUAAACUACAUACCAGUGCUUCCGGCGGGCUUACGACCAGCUACUAAAUUAGAAGAUGGCAGCGUGGCCACUACCCAAAUCAAUAACCUCGACAAAAAAAUAAUUCUGGCCAAUGAGAGAUUAAAGCAUAUCCUGGAAGUCAAUAAAAAUUUUGAGACUCAGGUGCUUUUCUUAGAUAUUAUUCAUAAUGAAAAAAAGCGAUUACAAAAAGCUUUUGACCAACGGCAAUCCGGCGAAGGGCUUCCCAAGCAAAGUUCGGCCAAAAGUUUGCUCCAAAUAUUAAGUGGCAAAGAGGGAAUUUUACGAAAAUAUUCCUUAGGAAAACGAGUUGAUUAUUCAGCGCGCUCAGUUGUCUCCCCUAACCCUUCCUUGACUUUAAGACAAGUAGGUAUUCCGGCAGAAAUGGCUUUGGUGCUUUAUAAACCUUUUUUAAUUUCUGCUCUCUUAAAGGAAGGCAAAAGUCUAGAAGAAGCUAAACAAGUCUUGCUCCAAAAUGAGGCAACCAUUUUCCCUCUCCUUAAUGAAAUUAUUCAAAACCGUCCGGUGCUUCUUAACCGGGCUCCCACUUUGCACCGCUUAGGAAUGCAAGGAUUUCAACCAGUUUUAACUUUGGGGAAAACUAUUCAACUUCAUCCCCUAGUAACGGUGGCUUUUAACGCUGAUUUUGAUGGAGACCAAAUGGCAGUUUUUUUACCUUUAACUAAAAAGGCCCAAGAAGAAAUUCAAACUCGGGUCAUGGCCGAUUCCCAAAUUUUAGACCCUAAAAACAGUUCCUUAAUUAUUGCCCCGACCCAAGAUAUAGUUUUAGGUAUUUAUUAUCUAACGAGAACUAAAGACCUUUCCUCCGCCGAUAAUAUCCCUCUUUACUAUGAAACUAGCCAAAUUGAAAAAGAUUACGCCCAGGGAAAAAUUGACCUUGCCACUCCUUUGGUGGUUCCCUUGCCCCUAGUGGCGAAGCAAGUUGCCGACCGGAAUGAACAGAAAUUCCUUCGCACUACCCUUGGUCGCUGGAAAUUUAAUCAAAUUCUCCCGCCUAAUUUUCCUUAUUAUAUUAAUGAUUUGGCUUAUUAUAACCAACAUCAGCACUCUCCUGCCCCCGAAGAUAUUGUUGAAUUAUCGCUUGCUACUGGUCUAGCCAAGAGUACCUCAGACCAAUUGAAAGAUUUAGGUUUUGCCGCCGUUACCCGCUCCGGAAUUAGUAUCUCCCUUUUUGAUUUACCAAAAAUCUCGGAAAAAGAAGCAAUACUUCGCCAAAGCGAAACUAAAUUGGCACAAAUUGAAGGAUAUUACGAGCAAGGAUUUUACAGCCCAGCAGAAUUUAUUAAGCAGAGAAAUAAUGUUUGGACCGAAUAUUCGGGAGCUCGGGCUACUAGUGAAAACUUAACCCAAGUUUUCGGUAUGCGCGGUAACAUGAUUGACUAUAAAGGAAAUACCAUCGAGACUCCUAUUCUUUCUUCUUUAAAAGAAGGCCUUAACCCCUUUGAGUUUUUUGUUUCGGUUCAUGGAGCGAUGAAAGGAAUGAUGGAUACGGCCUUGAAAACUGCCGAAGCAGGUUAUUUAACCCGUCAAUUA